AUGGGCAACCUGCUCGGCGGGGUCAAUUUCCGCGAGCCCACCACCGUGGAGGACUGCGACUCCACCUGGCAGACGGACUCAGAGCCUGAGCCCGAGCCCGAGGAGCCGGGGCCGAAUGGUGGCGAGGGCCCGGGACAGGAGCCAGAGCAGCCGGCGCAGACCCUGGAGCGAGCCUGCGGGCGGCCCCACAGCAGUCUCGCGCCGGACGAGGACGCCGAGGCGGCGGGCACAGAGCAGGGUGGUGGUGAUUCCACUGAAGCAACUGUCAAACCAAAGAGAAGUUUUUAUGCAGCAAGAGAUUUGUACAAAUACCGACAUCAGUACCCAAACUUCAAAGAUAUCCGAUACCAAAAUGACUUGAGCAAUCUUCGUUUUUAUAAGAAUAAAAUUCCAUUUAAGCCAGAUGGUGUUUACAUUGAAGAAGUCCUAAAUAAGUGGAAAGGAGAUUAUGAAAAAUUGGAGCACAACCACACUUACAUUCAAUGGCUUUUCCCCCUGAGAGAACAAGGCUUGAAUUUUUAUGCUAAAGAACUAACUACAUAUGAAAUUGAGGAAUUCAAAAAGACGAAAGAAGCAAUUAGAAGGUUCCUCCUGGCUUAUAAAAUGAUGUUAGAAUUUUUUGGAAUAAAAUUGAUUGAUAAAACUGGUAAUGUGGCCCGGGCUGUUAACUGGCAGGAAAGGUUCCAGCAUCUGAAUGAAUCCCAGCACAACUAUUUAAGAAUCACCCGUAUUCUUAAAAGCCUUGGUGAGCUUGGAUACGAAAGUUUUAAAUCUCCUCUUGUAAAAUUUAUCCUUCAUGAGGCUCUUGUGGAGAACACUCUUCCCAAUAUUAAACAGAGUGCGCUGGAGUAUUUUGUUUAUACAAUUAGAGACAGAAGAGAAAGGAGAAAGCUCCUACGAUUUGCACAGAAACAUUACAUUCCUUCAGAGAAUUUUAUCUGGGGGCCGCCUAGGAAAGAACCGUCGGAGGGAAGCAAAGACCCCAAAACGUCCACCCCACCUGUCUCUGGUCCUAACAGUCAAACGUCUAUGCACAAAAAAUCCAAGGAGUCCAAAAAUUCUUCCUCUGCUGUUCCUUUAAAUGGCAAAACCGCAGAAGAUAAAAAAGUCACACCCAAAGACUCUGGAGAAGAAACAGAUAGACCUCAAGCAGAGCCCAGCAACGAAGCUGCCAAGCCAAGAAACAGUGAAAAGGACUGUAGCAGUGAAAAUUCAAAUUCUCAACCAGAAAAAACAAUGAACAAUUCCAUAGAGAGAAAGGAGAGUGUGCCCCUUUCUGAAAAAGAUGAAGAUGUUGAAAAUGCUAACAAAAACAGUGACAAUCCUGAAAAUACAAAUUCUCAUGAUGAUACACUAUUACAGUGA